UCAAUACGACGUGUUCUUGAGUUUCUGUGGCGGCGACACGCGCCAAACUUUCACUAGCAAUCUUUACCACGUAAUGAAAGGUGCUGGAAUCCGCGUUUUCCUUGACAGUGAAGAGCUCAGAUAUGGUAAAAGCAUCAAGGAAGUUUUGAAGGCAGUUGAUGAGUCUCAAAUCUACGUACCCAUCUUCUCUAAGAAAUUCGCCUCCCGUUCAUGGUGUCUCCGCGAGUUAGCCCGCAUGGUAGAAUGUCAUUCAGAAUCAAAAGGGAAAAGAGAGAUAAUCCCUAUUUUCUGUGACGUGAAGACUCAAGAUGUGAAGCUCAAUACCGAUCUGUACGAGAAGGACAUACUCGAGCACAGCAAAGACUUCGAGGCCAGAGAACUGGAUCGGUGGAGAAGUGCCCUUAAAAAGGUUGGAGGCAUAAUUGGACCGAAACUUGAAGGAAAAGGCGAAGGAAAAGAAAUUGAAUCGAUUGUUAAAGAGGUUUUGUGUAUGCUUGGGAAACAUGUGGAUGUUCCUGGAGAGUUGGUUGAAGAUUAUCGUCAGAUAAAAGCCAUUAUAGAAAAAUUGGAUCUUAAUUACGGUGGUGUACGUUUCCUUGGGAUACAUGGAUUAGGUGGUAUCGGUAAAACAACGCUUGCAAAGGUCGUGUUCAAGAAGUUAGUUUCUCACUUUGACCGCGUUAGUUUCCUCAACGACAUUCGAGAAUCAUCGCAACAUGGUCUUGAUGGUCUUGUAGCCUUGCAGAAAAAGUUAUUAACAAGUGUUGGUAGUUCUUCGUUGGCUGACCACAUUCAGGACACUGGAGGUGGGAUGUACUGGAUAAAGGCAUUUUGCCAAAAUAAAAGAGUCCUUAUUGUUCUCGACGAUUUGGACAAGAAAGAGCAACUUGAAAAGCUAGCUGGAAAAUCUGAUUGGUUUGGUUCUGGUAGCAGGAUCAUUAUUACCACUCGGGAUGAAGGUAUCCUAAUGACUCAAGUGGAAUCAUCUAGUGAAGAUGGCCAAAAUCAACCCGAAGGAAUUUUGCGUUAUCCAGUUUGUGAAAUGGAAUUUGAUCAUGCACUUCAGUUGUUUUAUAAUCAUGCUCUUAGAAGUAACUCUCCCACAAAAGAUUACGAUGCUCUUUCAAAGGAUAUUAUUCGUAAAGUGGCUAUGCUUCCUUUGGCUAUCGAAGUGAUAGGUUCUUAUCUUUAUGGGUUGGGCUUUGCCCUGGAGCCACAUGAUGAUAAAAUAAAGCUAUUGGAUGAGACAUUGCGGAAGUUAGAUGAAGGCCCUUUUGAGGGUGUCCGGAAGGUAUUAAUGAUCAGUUAUAAAGGAUUGGAAGCCAAGCAAAGAGAAGUAUUUCUGGAUAUUGCUUGCUUUUUCACCAAUGAGGACCAAACAUAUCCCCUUAUCAUGUGGUACGACUGUAAAUACUAUCCUGAUAGUGCAGUUCGUGUCCUCCGCCUACGGUCCUUGAUUAAAAUUAGAGAAAAUAAGCUUUGGAUGCAUGACCAAGUUCUAGAUCUGGGAAGGUACAUCGUCCUUGAAGAAUAUCCUUGCAAAGAAAAUCGUUUCAAAUUUAGUAGGGUGUGGACUCAUGAGGAUGCUGAAGAACUUUUGCAGAGAAAAGAGAGAAAUGAACAUGUACAAGCACUAAGCCUGACUUCCGGCGGGAGCAGCCACAACUUUGCAGCUGAAGAAUUAGUUGCUUUACCGAAACUAAGGUUCCUUCAAGCGAAAGGCUUGGAUAUUUCCGGUGACUUCGAGAAUCUUCUGUCGAUGCUGAGAUGGCUUUCUUGGCAGACAUGUCGAACAACUUUCCAGGCAAAAAACUUUCAUUUUAGUAGAUUGAUUGUGCUCAACCUUUCGGAUAGCAAUAUUGAAGAUGGCUGGGCUGGGUGGAGCCAAAUGAAGAUGGAUAAAUUGAAAGUUCUAGAUUUGACAGGUUGCAUGCGCUUAACAAGGACACCUGACCUCUCGAACUUCACGUCUUUGGAGACGUUGAUUCUAGCUUGGUGUGUCAACUUAACCACAAUUGACCGCUCCAUUGGUAAGCUAAAACUCCUAGAAACUUUCAAUAUCAACCGAUGCAGGGCUCUUCAUGGGUUGCCUCUGGAAUUCGGCUCUUUACAAUCUUUGACGGAGAUUAUCAUGCCCCAAAAUUAUCAACCCUUCACACUUCCGGAGACAUUUGGCAAUUUGCAUUCUUUGUCGAGUUUAAUAUUGGACGAGCACCCUGGAAUCCGCCAACUUCCAGACUAUUGGAAAGUUGGUGAAAGUCCAACGUUUAUCUUUAUGCGAGUGUGUGGGCAUAAAGAAGCUUCCAAGCUCUAUUGGAGAAAUGGAAAUGUUGGCUGAGUUGGAUUUAUCGAAGUCAGGAAUAGAUAAACUGCCUGAGUCCAUUGGAUCUCUAAAGAAACUGAAAGUGAUCAGGGUAAGUUAUACAAGGAUAACAGAGUUUCCUCAUACUAUCGGAGACAUGGAAAUGCUUGAAGAAUUACAUGCCAAGAAGUGUUGGAAACUGACAGAUGUAAAUCUAGAGAAAAUUGAGAAGCUAUCCAAUUUGAGGAUAUUGGACAUAUCAUUUACUGGUGUAUCUAAAUUUCCCAUGGUGCUAGGUUGUCUCUCUCGUCUCGAAACACUUGAAAUGAGUUCAAGUGACCGACAAGAAGUACCAGAUCUUCCCUCAAGUUUGACACACCUUCACAUGCAAGCACCUCACUUCCCAUCAAUGUCCAAGCUCUCAACCCUCGUCAAUUUAGAUUAUUUGGAAUUAUCUAUAGUAACUGGUUCAAUGGAGGAGCCUAACAUAGCUUGGACGAACGAUUCCCCAGAAGAGCAACCGAUCCAUUCGCUUCCAUCGAGUUUGUCAACCAUGACAUGUAGGGGCAUCAAUCUACUACCAGCUUUUUCCAACUUAGAAAAACUGUUGGAACUGCCUAUAAUUGAAUAUCCAAUGCCAUGCUUCUCCAUCUCUCAGGACCUGACACAUUUGAAAACAUUGAAACUAAGAAAAUGUCAAGCGCUGGAGGAAAUACGUGGUCUGCCACUCUUGAAGAAUCUGCGGUGCUUGGAUCUGAAUCGGUUGGAAAGUCUGGUUGAGAUUAAUGGUUUGUUGGAACUGAAAUCGUUGGAGCACUUCCGUGUUGCCCAUUGUCAUAAGGUA